GCAUGAGUCGCUGUUAUGUUGUGAGAGGGUUGCAGGACUGUCGCUGCUACGGAUGGAAGGACGCGACACAGCGCCACUGUCUACACGCAACUCCGUCCUUACUUCUAUGCGCUCUUCUGACAACUGGGACUGUUUGUGAGAUCGGGAAGCAACUUGACAAAAUCAGCAACAAGUUGUUGUUUUUUUAAACAUUUGUUGAGUCUAGCAUUCAUUGAUUCAGUCAAUUUCUGCAUUAUUUUGCUGUCUUGGAGUAGAGUAAUUUAUUCUUUAAGGAAAGGAAUCAGUCCAGUAGACCUUUAUUCUAUUCAGACCGUUUCUUUCAUAAACAACACGGACAAUAUUAGUUUACAAGUCAUUUCGGUAGAUAGUCUAUUUAUCACAACUUUGGCUGUAAUAACUCAUUUAAACCACAGUAAAGCAAAAAAAAACGGUGUGUGCUUUCUAUACAAUAUUAUCUCCGUUCUCUCAUUAUCUUGCUCAUUGUCAUCGCGGUCAACAUGAUGAAUGCUAUGGUCAUUUUUGCGGAAUUUUUCGUGGUCAUCUUGAAAGUGCUGUGGGCUUUUGUUACCGCCGGGGCGAAAUGGGUGGUGCGACCGAAGGAGAAGAGUGUAGCGGGACAGGUAUGUGUUAUCACCGGGGCAGGGAGCGGUCUGGGCCGGCUGUUCGCCAAGGAGUUCGCCCGGAGACGGGCUGUACUGGUGCUGUGGGACAUCAACAGCCAAAGCAACGAGGAGACGGCGGAGUUGGUGAGGGAAAUUUACCGGGAGCUGGACAGUGAAUCCCCGAUGUCCAAAGAAGGAGCAAUAGGAGAGCUAGAGGAGGUGCUUCCGUUCAAGCCUCAGGUGUACACGUACGUGUGUGACGUGGGCAAGCGGGAGAGCGUGUACUCCACGGCGGAGAAGGUGCGUCGGGACGUGGGUAACGUGGACAUGUUGAUAAACAACGCUGGUGUGGUCUCUGGUCACCAUCUCCUGGAGUGUCCUGACGAGCUGAUCGAACGCACCAUGCUGGUUAACUGCCACGCACACUUCUGGACCACCAAGGCAUUCCUUCCCAAGAUGUUGGAGCUGAACCACGGCCACAUUGUGACGGUUGCCAGCUCUCUGGGGCUGUUCAGCACAGCUGGUGUGGAGGACUACUGCGCCAGUAAGUUUGGGGCCAUCGGCUUCCACGAGUCGCUGAGCCACGAGAUCAAGGCUUCGGAUAAGGACGGCAUUAAGAUGACGCUGGUGUGUCCCUACCUGGUGGACACGGGCAUGUUCAAAGGCUGCAGGAUAAGGAAGGAAAUCGAGCCAUUCCUGCCUCCCCUGAAGCCAGAGUUCUGUGUAACGCAGUCUAUGAGGGCCAUUCUCACCGAUCAGGCUAUGAUCUGCACACCACGUGUAGUUUACAUGGUCAACUUCAUGAAAAGCUUCCUGCCCUUCGAGGCCAUCGUGUGCAUGUACAGGUUCCUGGGUGCUGAUAAGUGUAUGUAUCCCUUCCUUGCUCAGAGGAAGGAGCUGAUGAACAACAACGAGGCUAAGGGGGACAUCUAAGGGGAGGGGGGGGCGCUGUUGCCGCGGGGCCCAUAGCCCUAGAGGCACAAGGAUAAGACCACUGAGGGUGCAAGGAGGAGGAGGAGGAGGAGGAAGAAGAGGAUUUAAAAAGACUGAAUCUAGACUGGUGAACUUGCAUUGAGCAGAUACAAAAGGUCCUCUGAAACGAUGCCAGCUGUGUACUACACAAAGGAUUUUAUUCCUCUUAGUUUUUUUUCCCAUAGUCUUUUUUUUUUCAUUUUUUUUUUCUUCUAAGGUUUGUUUAAAGAAACCGACCAUCUAUAUACUGUGUCAAUAGUUUUUUUGAAAUCAUAUGAAACAAAGGUAUUAACUAUUUACGUAAUGUAGUCACCAACUUUUAUUUUUUAUUUAGUAUCUUUGUGGAAAUAUACAGUAUGUUACUGUACAGUAAAAUCUUGUCACUUUUUUUUUUAAGUUUCUCUUUUAUUUGUAGACAUGCACUGUAAUACUGCCUUUCUCUACACGGCCAAGUCUCUGUAGAAACGGUUCACAAUGGCAUUUCAUCACCCAGACCAACAUGCAAAAUAAAUUUACACGUACAUGUUAUUCAAUCGUUGCACCAACACUGAUCACGUUUCUCAGCGAGCGUCUGGGUAGCCAGGCGCUAAAAUUAGAUCUGCAAGUCCCGCCUCUCCCAUCUCCUCAUUGGUUGUUAGGAGCAUAGACCCACGUAGGUGAUUGAAAGAUGAACUGAGGUCUACAGUCCAGUCCAGUUGGUGGUGGUAACUCACCUUAAAGUUGGUUACCAACCGCCAUAUAAAGUCCAUAGAAGAAGAAGAAGACUUAAGGAGGAGAGAUUACUAGAAACAAACUCAGUUUACCGUUUUUUAUCUGUGGAUUAAUUGUAGGAGUAGAGAACCUUGUUUCAUUUCAGGUAAAAUAACAACCCAAUGUUUAUAUCCCAGGAUAAAUUAGCUAGCAACAGCAAGCUAGCUAGCUAAAUUGACAUAAAUGUUUGCUUUUUGACCUGUCCACAAAUUAAUAUAGUUGGUUCAGAGUUUGUUUUGAUAUUUCCACUGGUCAGGUGUGGGUGGACAAAAUCAGCAUGCGCGCAAGCAGUCUAGUCAGCAUGUUAGGGUUGCAUAUUUCCGUUAAUUUUCAGAAAAUUCUGGUUAAAAGAUUCCCAGAAUCAAGAUGGGGGGGGGGCAGGAAAUCCUGACUCCGCCAACCAGGAUUUCUGGACAACCUGGGGAUUUUGGGGAACACUACCCGGCAACCCCUGCGGCUCAGUCUAAACAAUCAUGACAUGAUGCUCCAAAUGGUUAUCCAAUCAUACUAUAGCGAUCUGAGCUUGCGUUUUAUGUAUUUUAAUUCCUUCAGAUCAUAUGAAGAUAUU